AAAUUCAGAAAUGUACAAUAAUGCGGUAAUACAUUUAAAAAGGGCUAUUGCUAAAUACUGUAUACGGUUGAUAUUAUGACUGAGCGCCGUGUCGUUAUCAAACAACAUCACUAUCGGUUACAAAUCUCACCAUAAGCGGAUUGGUUUAGUCCUAUUCAUUAACUGCACCCGAGCCUGGCGCCUCUCCACCGCGGACCAACAGAAACGCUUUAUCAUGAAAGCGAUUUAAUUAGCUAUAUUUUAUUAUUUGUUAUCAGUCUAAGCAUCGGUACUGGAAUGCGAAAAGUAAAUCAGGCCCGAGUCUCUUUGCGUGUACAAUAACUAUUAUCGUAUCAUUAGGUCCAGCGCAUCCAGUCAUGUUUCUUGUGCGUCAGCUGCUGCAGUUCUCUGUGCUGCUAGAUGCGACGGUGUGGCUCGCGGUUUCUGCCAGCCCUACCGAUGAUAAUGUACUGCGGGGCGGCCAUGGAGAACACGGAGAGCCGGGGCAUGAAGAACCCCAUAAGGAUUCUUACAGCACAUUCGCCUCCGAGUUCCUCGAAUCCAGAUACCUCUCAGACGAAGGUUACCCCUUCCCAACUGCACCCCCUGUAGACCCAUUUGCCCGCAUCAAAGUUAGUGACUGUGGAAUAACCAAAGGAUGCAUCAGAUAUGGCAAACCAGGCUGUGACGCAGAGACCUGUGACUACUUCCUGAGUUUCAGGCGCAUUGGCACAGAUGUGGAAUUUGAGAUGAGUGCAGACACAGAUGGAUGGGUUGCUGUCGGUUUCUCCUCUGACAAAAAAAUGGGAGGUGAUGAUGUCAUGGGCUGUGUUCAUGAUGAUAAUGGACGUGUACGGAUCCAUCAUUUCUACAACGUGGGCCAGUGGGCCAAAGAGAUCAAGCGCAACCCGGCGCGGGACGAGGAGGGCAUCUUUGAAAACAACCGUGUCACGUGCCGCUUCAAACGGCCUCUUCACGUGACGCGGGAAGAGACGCUGGUAGACCUGCACCUGAGCUGGUACUAUCUGUUUGCUUGGGGACCUGCCAUACAAGGUUCCAUCACAAGGCAUGACAUUGACUCUCCACCGGUGUCAGAUCGCAUGAUUAGCAUCUAUAAAUACGAGGACAUUUUCAUGCCUGCCACAGCCUAUCAGACAUUCUCUUCUCCCUUUUGCCUCCUCCUCAUCGUUGCUCUUACCUUCUACCUACUGAUGGGCACACCAUAACCAGUAAAUCCGUGUCACAGAAGAGAGAAUGAAUACAAUUAACUAUGGAGCCACUAUUAGCACGAUUGUGUGCAAACUUUACAGUAUUAGAAACAGGCAGCAAUAAAUUGCGAUUCUACUAUAUCCUCAAUCUACGUACACUAAGAAGGUAUUUGGACUGCGAAUUAAUAUUCAGUUAUAUACAAGCAAUGAUUCUCAUUCAGAGGAGAUAGUCAACCAUACACUUAUUACAUAUUACAAUAUAUUUUAUUUUGAUAAAAGAGCAGAGUACCCCAAAUGGUAUGUUACGGUAGGUAUUUGAAACAAUCUGAGCCAAAUUAAUAUUAAUAUUCAGUAUACUUAAAGUGCGGUCACUUCAGUUCAAUUUCAGCAAAAUUUUGUGUCCAAAAAAUUCCAUUGUACAUUACUGUCAAACCAAGCAGCUUUCUAUUAGUCAAAGCUGUAAAUCCAUGAAAAACUUCCGAAAUCGGUCUGAGGAAAUAUUUCGCCUUUAUGUAAAAUUCUCAAACACGUGAAUUCCUAUUGAAAUGACUGGAUUUCACCCACAAAAAUUUGCUCAACAAUGGUAAAUGUGACUGCUGUUUGAAGUUGUCUGCUUUCCAGUGUUUUCCAAUAUAUUACAGCUCUGAUUACCAUUUAUUAAGGCUGUGGAUGUGGAGUGAUGUAAAUGAAUGCCUGUGAUUGACUACGCAACUUACAGCAGUACAUAACAGGCCCUACAGCACAAACACACAUACAUAAUAUUCAUAAAACAUUACUGCCUUCCAAUUAGCCAGCAUUGCCAGCUCAGUAUUUGAUGAUGCAUGCCAGCAAACUAGUCUCAUCUGAGCCAUUUAGAUCAGUGUCCACUGGAAAAGAACCAGUCCAGGAGAGAAUCAUCUGAUUUUCAUUUCAGUGAAUUAAAAACUUUAUAUACCAAGGACUUCAUGCCAUUGCAAAACUUACAAAGAGUCCAAUAACUGAUUGCUGCCUGUGUAGAAAGAUUUUUAUCACACCAGUUAGUGUGUGGCUGUAUUCUGGUAAUUAUUUGGCACUCUUUGAAAAUGCCCUGUAAUAACACUUGUAUAGCAGACUGAAGAGCAACAGGUAAAAAUGUUUAGAAAGGUAUAGUUUUAAAUAUGUUGUUAUAUUCACCUUAAGGUAUAUGUGGAAAUGUACUUGGAAGAGUGAUGCAAUUCGUUUUUGAUGUGUGCAGGCCAGAGAUAAUCAUGUUAUGUAGCAAGAAUGAAGGUAUGUUUGUUAUAUUUUAAUAUACUUUAGAAAUUUUGACAUUGACAGUAUUAGAGACUAUGCAAUAAUGAGUGUGCAUAGUGAAGGACUGUGAGCCACUGGGAUUUUAAACAUGUGACAUUCAAGCUCCUACAUCGUUAGCAACUUAUACGUUCUGACAAGUUUACUGUGAAUUCUCGCUGUAAUUGGGAAACAUGAACACAACACAUACUGCACUUUUUAAUAAAGCUAUG